AUAAAAUCUUCCUUUUUAGAAUAUAUUUUGUUGAAUCUAAUUAAAAGUUUGAGAGUGAAUUCUUGUUUAAAGAUAAACGAUAAAGCUGUGUUAUUUAUAUUCGGAUAUAUAGAUUGCUUUCUGCAGAUACCUGACGCCCAUGGAUAGGUACGCAGCUGCUCUACUUGUGAUCGGGAUGUAUGCUUGGUGUUAUGGUCAAAGUGCAGUCGAAAGUUCUUGGCCAAACGAACAUGGUCUGAUAUUUACCAUGUCAAACAGAUAUGGUUGGCAGCAAUUGAAAGAUAAACUGCGCCAUCUACCGACUUAUCCAGGUUAUGAAAAUUUUUCGGGUCGCGUUCCUGGUGUUAACUUUUCAAACCCCGAUAUUCACUUCCGCAGUAUUGAUGUGGAUUACAGAACAAAAUGUAUUUAUAUGUAUGAAUAUCAUCUAAGGUCAAUAGUGGUUGGAACAGGUUACAGUAAAGAUCUGAAUAAUAGCAACAUGGAAUUUAAAAAUAUGCACGUUGGAGUGUCAAGAGGGAAUAUCCAAGUAGCGGUAGAUUGGCUGUCGCACACGGUGUACUGGACCGAUUCAGUGUUUCGGUGGAUUCUAGCAGCACCUGGUCAGAAAAACAAGACCGAUAUGGAUUAUUAUAAAGCUAUUGUUGACACUCAUCUUGAUAAUCCUGAUGGUUUAACAGCUGACCCACUUGAAGGGUAUCUCUUUUGGUCAGAUAAUGGAAAACAUCCUAAAAUAGAACGUUCAGACUUAAUGGGAAAGAGCCGACACACGAUCUAUUCCAAGUAUUUAAAGUCACCGCUCGCUCUGGAGGCAGACAUAUUCGGAAAACGGAUUUAUUGGAUUGAUUCAAUACUAGGAUCGAUAGUGUCAACCACCUAUAAUGGGGAAGAUGUCAUAUCGAUCCAGAGGUUUCCAUAUUCAAUGUUAUUUGAUUUGGCAAUAUUUAGGGAGGUUAUAUAUAUCAGUAAUGUUGUUACUGGUAACUUGUCUACUCUAAACAAAACCAAAGGUAUACAUUUGGGUAAACAAGAGGCAGCUACUAUAAACAUUUUCCCAGAACUUAUCUAUGGUAUAGCCGUAUACGGAGAUGAAAAUCAACCUCUAAAAGAUAAAGAUUAUUGCGCCGAGAAGAACUGUGAUCAUUUAUGUAUAUCAACAAAAACUGGUGCAGAAUGCGUAUGUUCUGAGGGAUACAAGAAAAAUGAAACCAGUGGCAAAUGUCAAGAAUUCAAUGAAGGCUUUCUCAAAGCAAUUGUUGUUGCAAACAGGACCCAUAUAUGCUUAACAGACAUUCGCUCAUUUGUAAAAGCAGAGUACGAUUACCUGUGCAAAUUUACGAGUACUCCUUCCCCAGCAAGAAGGAAGAAGAGACAAGCUUUGACAUCGACAAUGCCAACUGCAAGUACUACAACGGCAAGGCCCAGUUUAACACCGUGGCCUACACCUUCUACAACAACUAUGACAUCACCUAUGUCGGACUCUUUAUCAACAGAUCAGGCUGAAAAUGAAGCACCAAUCGGCUUCAUCAAAAUGUUUGACAUGGACAUGGAGAACAGAAUCUUCUUUUUCGCCACAGAGGGCAAUACAAUAUAUAAAAGACCUAUAGAUUUGCCGAUUGAGAACAAUGUAAAGGAAACAAUCGUUAAAACGACUGGAAUCAUAACUGGUCUUGCUUAUGACGCAGAGGACACUGACAAUUUGUACUGGUGUGAGUCUAACACAGAUAGCGUUUGGGUUGUAAACGUUGAAACCAAGGUGUCUAAAGUUAUCAGCAACACAAUUUCAAAUCCGAAAUAUAUCUUAGUUCUUUUAAAACACAGAAUGUUAGCAAUGAUAGCAGGAGCGGAUAGAGACAUGUAUAUCAGAACAAUGGCCAUGGACGGUUUAAAUGUAAAAAACAUUACACGUGGAAAACAGUUGAUUUCCGCAUUUACAUUUGAUAGUCAUAAAAACUUGUUCUACUACAUUGUGGGAAGAUACUUGUACAGUACAUCAUAUAAUACAGGGAGUACAAAUUUAAUCUUCCGUUCAGUACACACCGAUGCAUUUAACCUUUUUGUCUAUCAAAAUUACUUAGUUUGGAUUCAUCCUACAAACACAGGAGGUCAUUAUGUAAAUUCAUAUGACAUCGACUCCAGAAAGAGCCUUAGGCAAUUUCUUAUGGACGGGAUCCUUGGAACCACCUCUGUUGAUAUUGUAGAGAUGGAAGUUUUAGACAAACGUCUUCAGUCAACAAAUAUAACAAGUCCAUGUGCAUACGAAGAUGGUGGGUGCUCUCAAAUAUGCAUAACACAUUACACCAAUGAUGAAAUGACACCCGUUUGCGAAUGCCGUCUAGGAUAUAUCCUUGAUAAUGAUAAUGUUACCUGUAAUUCAACUAUUAUAGACGAUAACUUUCUGCUUGUGGCUGAUUGGACAAAUAAUGAGUUACUUCAAAUAAGCCUGGAAAAUGGUAACAUCAGUGCCGUGCCAAACUUGAAUAAAUAUCGUGAUGAGUAUAGAGGUGUCUUCAUUGAUGUUGGUACAAAGAAAAUAAUAUGGUCAGAAUAUUUUAGAAACUACAUAUACACCGCCAAUUUGGAUGGAACAAACCAGCGGGGAAUAAGUGGUGGUAUAGUUUAUGCAAAAUCUUGCUCUUUUGUUUUACUUAAUCGUAUUUAAAAGAAUACUGUUAUGAAGAUUUCUUGUUUAUUUUUUGUUUGUUUGGGUUCAACGGAGGUUUUCAACAGCCAUACAUACGUUAUUUAUAAAAACUAUGAAGUAAUAUAGUCAUAAAUAUCAUACACAUUCCAUCGUUCUUCAAAUACUAUGGUAAUAUUAUAGAAAGAUAUAUCUUUAAUUAUAGAAUAUUUUUGUCAACCUCGUGGAUUAGAAAACGCGUUGCGGUGUAGCAAUUUUUCAUGUGAGACAGUCAUCCAGCUGGUUCGGUGGUCCAGCCCGGGUUCCAGCCCGUGCCUGUUAUAUGAUCAGGUUUUAAUAGGUGUCUUCCACCAACGU